AUGGAGCUGGCGAUGGAUGCAGUGGUUACUGCGGCCAAGAGAGCGUUCAAAGACGCGCACGCUGAGUGGUAUGAGGAGAAAGAGAGGCAGGAGCAGAAGGGUGGACAGAUCGAGGAUGUUGCCAUUGAUGCUGUGGCAAUUCAAAAAGCGCAAGAGCUUCGCGACCUUAAGGACGCUCUGAGAAAUCUGCGGGCUGAAGAGGCCGAAGGCUCACGAGACGUUCCUGACGUCGAGCGGGUUCGAGACGCUCUGAAAGUAGUAAGGGCUCAAAGACAUCGAGAGGCCAAAGAACAUAGACCAGAAAGGUGA